AUGGCGGCCGACAUCCCCAAAGCAGUGUACAAGCAGCUUGGUAAGAGCGGUCUGAGAGUCUCUGUGCCGAUUCUUGGUGCUAUGAGCAUUGGAGACAAGAGAUGGCAGCAAUGGGUCACGGAAGAGGAUGAAGCGCUACCUUUACUGAAGGCUGCUUACGACCGAGGCUUGAAUACGUGGGACACAGCCAAUGUGUACAGCAAUGGCGCGUCUGAAGAGAUCAUUGGCAAGGCAAUCAAGAAAUACAACAUCCCUCGCCAUAAACUGGUCAUUUGCACGAAGUUGUGUGGUACUGUUCGUGAAGGAAAUAGCCCAGAGGUGAUGGCUCUCAAGGAUAUCGACAACACGGUCGAUUAUGUCAAUCAGCGAGGACUGUCACGACAGGGAAUCUUAGCUGCUGUCAAUGCCUCUCUCGCGCGUUUAGACACAUCCUACAUCGAUCUCUUACAAAUACACCGCUUCGACAAGACCGUCCCGGUCGAAGAGACUAUGAAAGCACUGCACGACCUUGUCGAAAGUGGGAAAGUGCAUUACAUAGGGGCAAGCUCCAUGUGGGCGUAUCAAUUCGCAACGAUGCAAUUCGUGGCCGAGAAGAAUGGAUGGACGAAGUUCGUAUCGAUGCAGAACGCCUAUAACUUACUCUACCGAGAGGAAGAGAGAGAGAUGAAUAAGUUCUGCAUGGAGACAGGCGUUGGAUUGAUACCAUGGGGACCGCUGUCUCAAGGUCAGCUCGCUCGCCCAUUUCAUGUCAACGGCAGCACCACUCGCUCUUCUGGCAAGCCAGCGCUGCCAGAAGCAGACAUCUCAAUUAUCUCCCGAGUAGAGGAGCUUGCCAAAAAGAAAAAUUGGAAGAUGGGUCAUGUAGCGUUGGCGUGGCUCAAUUACAAAGGCAUCUGUAGUCCUAUUUGUGGGUUCAGCAGUGUGGCGAGGUUGGAUGAAGCGUUGGAGGCUAGGGGAAAGGAAUUGACCGUGGAAGAGGUGAAGCAUCUGGAAGAACCAUAUACCCCCAAAAAUGUCUUCGGCCAUGGCUAG